CGUGUUUUACACCGGCUGAAAGUUGAUAGCAUUCGAUUUGGAACUUGGCUGCCUUCUGGGUAUUAAAAAAAAGGGGAACUCAGACUCUCCGACUUCAGUGGGUUCAAGACAACUGGGAACUCGUAAGAAAACGAGCUCCGACUGGGAAACAUUAUUUUGAAAGGUUAUCCAACUCGGAAUUUCAGAUCUGAUGCCGCGUUCACGUGCUAGUUGAAAUUAAGGAAACUCUGAAAUGUUCGACUUGCUAGACUUGCUUAUACACAGGCCGCGUUCAAAGAACCAGCAAGUCAGAAAUUAGCUCCAAAUGUAAAAACUGAACGGUCAUCCAAAUUCCCAUUCGGUAACACGGUCCUCUUUCCAGACCUCCGACCUGAAGAUCACCGAUGUCAUGAUUUGACCUAGUUUUUUUUCUCUCAAGUUCCCGGUUUUCUUGAAAGUACCUCCCUCCCUGCUUUUGUCCGAUGACGUGAGGGGCCUUUGCUCAGUUCAACAGGGGCCAGCAUAAAGAACCCUCUCAGAGACAAAUAUUAGGGAGACAAGCGUCCUCUCUCCUCAUCUCUUUCUGAAAUGCCAUUGGAGGAGAAGUCCAGAGGGGAUGGACCUCUGGCUUUCUCAUCCAAUGGGUUUUGAUAAGGAGGCAAAGAGAGAGGAUGUGAGGAGUAUUCAAUUGAGAUUGAAAUGCUCCCACACUCUACAAAUGGGCCUACUGCUCCUCCCCCCUCACUGAUGGUUCAAUUGGUGUCACUUGGCAUCAUUAUAAAAUCCUUGACCUGAUCUCUUGUGUUAUUUGGUCCACUUGCAUUAAUCAGGCAUGGCUUUCUGUUUGCUUCUGUGUAUAGCAAUUUUGGAAAUCACAGUAUUGAGUGCAGCAGCGCAGACCCCGUUGAACUGCAACCUGGGCACCAAACCUUGCAAGGAUGGAUCUGAGUGUGUACUCCACCAACAUGUGUGCGACGGAGAAGCCGACUGUAGGGAUGGUUCUGAUGAGGAGGACUGCACUGUCGCAUGCAAUAAUGGCCAGUUUCUGUGUGCCCAUGGGAAGAAAUGCAUUGACCAGUGGCAGGUGUGUGACGGUGUGGCCCAGUGUCAGGACCGCUCUGAUGAGUUGGACUGCCUGAAUUCCAUGGAGGGCUGUGUUCACCACUGUGACAACAAGACCCGCUGCCUCCCAGACACCUUCCUCUGUGAUGGAGAGAGGGACUGCCUGGAUGGCACUGACGAAGCCAACUGCGACUCUACUGAUUAUCUUAAAAGUCAUCACAAUGUUGCUGAGGAUGGCAACAAUGGGAAUACCACAAUGUCUGCACCAGCACCCCUCAAGUGCCCUUUUGGCACUAAACCAUGCUGGGACAGGAUUGAGUGUGUUCUUUACAACCAUGUGUGCGAUGGAGAGGCGGACUGUAAGGAUGGCUCGGAUGAGGAAGAGUGUAUAUUAGAAUGUGAACGUGGCCAGUUUCAGUGUGCACAUGGGAAGAAAUGCAUUGACCAGAGGCAGGUGUGUGACGGUGUGGCCCAGUGUCAGGACCGCUCUGAUGAGUUGGACUGCCUGAAUUCCAUGGAGGGCUGUACUCACCACUGUGACAAGACCCGCUGCCUCCCAGACACCUUCCUCUGUGACGGAGAGAGGGACUGCCUGGAUGGCACUGAUGAGGCCAACUGUGCUGAUGAGAGCUGCAAUAGUGGGGAGUUCCGUUGCACCAGUGGUCAGUGUUUAUCCGUAAGCAUGCGCUGUGACGGGCAUCCUGACUGUCGAGAUCGCUCUGACGAGGAGAGCUGCACCGAGCCCCCCCAGUGCACCACCAAGCUCCGGUGCCCACAAAGCCAGGAGUGCCUGCUGGAGGAGUGGGUCUGUGAUAGGGAGCAGGACUGUAAAGAUGGCUCUGAUGAAAAGAAUUGCAAGAUGGUCCAAUUGAAGUGUGGCGAUUUCCAGUGGGCCUGUACAUCUAAGAGCCAGUGUGUUCCCAAAGCAUGGAGAUGUGAUGGAACAAAGGACUGCGCUGAUGAAAGUGAUGAGGCAGGAUGUGGUCAGGUAGCAACAUGCCCCUCUCACCAGUUCCAGUGUGGCAGUACGUGGGAGUGUUUGGACACAGCCCUGGUGUGUAACACGGUCAGGAACUGUGCUAAUGGUUCUGACGAGGGUGGCAAGUGCCAAGCAAAGUGUCCAGACAAAACCCAAUGUGCCCAUAACUGUUACAGCACACCACAUGGAACGAGGUGUGGCUGCAAGGCUGGUUACCGACUCCAAGAGGACACAGUGUCCUGUGUUGAUAUUGAUGAGUGUGAAGGCGGUAGACCAGGUGUUUGCAGCCACCUAUGCGUCAACACCCAGGGCUCCUUCCAGUGUCAUUGCUACCCUGGUUACCUGCUGGCAUCUGAUGGUCGCCGCUGCAAGAUCACAGGUGAGCCCUACCUACUGGCCUCUGUGCAGACUGAGCUGUUCCUGUUUGGGCUGAGAAGCAGCAGUCUGGAUGUCCUGGUGUCCUCUGCUAAGAAAGCCAUCCUGUCCCUGGACUAUGACUGGAGGGAUCAGAAAGUGUACUGGGUCAGCCUGGAUUCAGAGAGCAUCAAAUGGUCUUCUCUAGACCAGAAAAAGAGAGGAACUCUUGUCAAAGGCAUCAAAUCUGAUUGCAUUGCUGUUGACUGGGUAGGGAGAAACCUGUACUGGAUUGAUGGCAUUGGAGGUGGUCGGAUUAUUGCUGUUGGAUUAAACUCAACCAUCAUAAACUCUAUGGAUCUCACAGUCAUCCUCGAUGAGGACUUCGAACAACCUCGCUCUCUGGCACUCCUGCCACAGAAGGGGAUCAUGUUCUGGUCGGAGAUUGGUAACGAGGUGAAGAUUGAGCGGGCGGGAAUGGACGGGUCUGAGAGGAGAGUAGUGGUCAGUCACAGCCUCAGCUGGCCAGGCGGUCUGGCUGUGGACACACUAGGGGAGAGGAUCUACUGGACAGACGAGAAGCUCCGGUGCAUUGGCUCAGCCAACCUGGAUGGCGGGGACAUUGAGCUUCUGCAGAUGAUGGAGACCACCAAUCCGUUCUCUGUCACAGUUUACAAUGACCUGCUCUACUGGUCAGACACCAGGAGGAGAACUAUUCAAAGGGCUCAUAAAAUCACUGGAAAGAACCGCAAAGUUCUACUCAAACGACCUGGACAACCUUUUGGACUGAAAAUCAUUCAUCCACUUCUGCAGACAAGCAAUGAGCGUCCCUGUGAGAACCUUCGUUGCUCUCACCUGUGUGUGCUGGGCCCAGGCCCCAAAGGGGUCUGCAAGUGUCCCUCUGGUCUGCUCCUAGCUGAGGAUGGCCUCACCUGCUCCAACCUGGUCAACUCUGCCUUCCUCUUGGUGCUCUCGCCAACUGUUGUCACACAGAUCUACCUGCAGACCAUGCACAGUGCUGUGGGUCUGAAAAGCUGGCCGGAGCACCUCGCCCUACCUCUCCCCAAUGUCAACGAGGCAGCGAUGUUGGAUUACACUCUGCAAGAUCAGACUCUGUACCUAGCUGACUCUGGCCAAUCGUCUGUAGUCCUCUUCAAGCUGAAGGAGACCGGCUUGGUGCCUCGCGGCCAGUUCCUGCAACUUAAAGGGGACACAGUUACAGCCCUGGCUCUAGACUGGAUAACCCUCAGCGUAUACUGGAGUAGCACCAAGCAGCCACGGCUGCAGGUCACCUCUUCCAGUGGGGAACACACUGCUGUGUUAAUUCAGGAUAUUGGAAGUCUGGAGUCCAUAGCGCUUCACCCACUCAGUGGAAGACUCUGUUUUACCAACCUGGCCAAGCAGGGGGAAGGCGCUCAGGUGGAGUGUGCUCACAUGGAUGGGGUGAAGCGCGCUCCGGUGUGGAAGGAUGCUUUUCAGCCCACCUCCCUGACUUUCUCCAACAAGGGCAAUGAGAUCUACUGGGCUGACAUCGUCUAUGUUCUAGGUUAUGGGGUGAUCGGCUCUGUCAGAGUUGAUGGUACUGGAUACAAGGAGUUUAAGACUGGGGAUGGCCUGACUGCAUUUGCACUCAGCAACGGAAUGCUCCUCUGGGUGACAGACAGUGACACAACCAAAGUUUGGUAUAGAGAUGAUCCAUUGACUAAGAAGCUUUGGUUCGAGGUAAACACUGAAAUUGUCAGUUUGAAGGCGUACAGCAAGUCCAGCCAGAUGGGUUCCAACCUCUGCUCAGAUGGGAAUGGAGACUGCAGUCACUUGUGUUUGGCUCUUCCUGGUGGUAGGACCUGUAGGUGUGCCCAUGACCAUUACCCAGUCAAUGUCACAUACUGCGCCCCAGACCAGCACUGCCCAGCUGGAAGUAGACCCUGUCUGGAUGGGCACACAUGCUUCCCCUUGGAGAAGUUCUGUGACGGACAUCCUGACUGCCCUGACACUUCAGAUGAGAACUGUGUCGAUCUCAAAGGGAAGUCUGUCAAGGCCAAAGCCCCAAACCAGCUUCCCAGUCCCAGCUUUCCUAUACCUGCAGAUCCUGGCUCCACCUCUCUGGACAAUAGUUGGCUGGUGAGAAACCUGGAAGCCCAGCAGUGUAGUGAAAAGCACUGCAAUGGGAAUGGGGAGUGUGUGGAGACCAAUGGGGGCAUCUCCUGUGCCUGUGGUUUAGGCUACAGUGGAGACUCCUGUCAAAACCAGCUCACCAAGACUAUGCAAGGCCCACUCAUCUAUGGGGCCAUUGGCCUCUGUGCUGCAAUUGUUGUUAUCAGUGUCCUCGCUGCGGUGGUUAAGAGGAAGAUUGCAAACACAAGGAUUGCCAACCCUGUGGCAAAGCAGACUAGUAUGAUUGAGCUGGAGAAGGGUGAAGGUUGUGAAGGAGCUUCACCUAACAGUGACUUUGCAGAGGAAGUGGUGUCUGUGGAUUAACUAAUUUAUCAGCAGCCUCUUUCUAUUCAAUAAAGUUUCAUUUUCUACAGUUCUGUUUGUCUUUAUCUACACAAUCGCAAUUCAAAUGAACAUUUUGCUUGUGAGUAUCUCUACAUAAGUUUAGUUGUGAGUUCUUGUGUAUGAAAGGAAGGCUAGAUUUGAGAAAUGACUCCUGCGUUAUUGGUUUUAGUUAUGAAGUCAAAGCUUUCAAUAUGUCUUUGGGUCGUGGUGCGGCUCGCCACGAAGAGUGACCAUAUACCACAAACACCGUGUCGUUUUGCUAUUAUAAACUGGUUACCAACAUAGUGCCUGUGAGCAAUAAUGAGUCACUCAACAUGUUAAACACUAAUCUCUGUACCCAACAUGUAAAAUUAUCUGUAAGGUCCCUCAGUUCAGCAGUGAAUUUCAAAUGCUGAUUAAACCACAAAGACCAGGGAGUUGUUCCAAUGCCUCGCAAAGGGCACCUAUUGGUAUAAAUAAAAAGCAGACCUUGACUAUCUCUUAAGCACGAGUUCAUUACAUUUUCGAUAGUGUAUCAAUACACCAUCACUAAGCUACAGGAGUUCUUCCUAAAGCCGUUGCCCGAGAGGAAGGAAACCGCUCGGAUAUCACCAUAAGGCCAGUGUUGAUUUUAAGAAUUAAAUGGCUGUGAUGGGAGAACUGCUGGAUCAACAUUGCAGUUACUCCACAAUACUAACAAAAUUCAGUGGCAAGGAAGCCUAUACGCAACAAAGCUGCAAACAGGAUGCAUGUUUUGUAGUAAGGCCCUAAAGUAAUACUGCUGAGAAUUUACCAAAGCAAUUAACCUUUUGUCUUUCGUGUU